CGCCGCAGCGACAAGAUGGCGGCGGGUGGCAGCGGCGGGCGCGCGUCGUGCCCGCCGGGGGUCGGCCCGGGCGCGGGGGGCGGCCCGGGCCCCAGCGCCAACGCUGCCGCCCCGGCCCCCGUGAACGCCGCUGCGGCGCCCGCGCCCGGGCCGCCCCCCAACUCUCCACCGAGCCCCGGGGCGGACGCGCAGGCCGCGGGCGCCGAGCGCGAGGAGGUGGCGGGCGCGGGGGCCGCGCUGCUGCGCGAGCCCGUGUACAACUGGCAGGCCACCAAGCCCACGGUGCAGGAGCGCUUCGCCUUCCUCUUCAACAACGAGGUGCUCUGCGACGUGCACUUCCUGGUGGGCAAGGGGCUCGGCUCGCAGCGCGUCCCGGCGCACAGGUUCGUGCUGGCUGUGGGCAGUGCCGUCUUCGACGCCAUGUUCAACGGUGGCAUGGCCACUACCUCCACGGAGAUCGAGCUGCCCGACGUGGAGCCCGCCGCCUUCCUGGCACUGCUCAAGUUCCUGUACUCAGAUGAGGUGCAGAUUGGGCCCGAGACCGUCAUGACUACGCUAUACACUGCCAAGAAGUACGCGGUACCAGCACUUGAGGCCCAUUGCGUGGAGUUCCUCAAGAAGAACCUGCGGGCCGACAACGCCUUCAUGCUGCUCACACAGGCGCGCCUGUUCGAUGAGCCGCAGCUGGCCAGCCUGUGCCUAGAGAGCAUCGACAAGAACACGGCCGACGCCAUCACCGCAGAGGGCUUCACCGACAUUGACUUGGACACCCUGGUGGCCGUCCUGGAGCGGGACACCCUGGGCAUCCGGGAGGUGCGGCUCUUCAACGCAGUCGUGCGCUGGGCUGAGGCCGAGUGCCAGCGCCAGCAGUUGCAGGUGACGCCGGAGAACAAGCGGAAGGUGCUGGGCAAGGCCCUUGGGCUCAUCCGAUUCCCGCUGAUGACCAUCGAGGAGUUUGCCGCAGGCCCUGCGCAGUCCGGCAUCCUGGUGGACCGGGAGGUGGUCAGCCUCUUCCUGCACUUCACCGUGAACCCCAAGCCGCGCGUGGAGUUCAUCGACCGCCCGCGCUGCUGCCUGCGCGGCAAGGAGUGCAGCAUCAGCCGCUUCCAGCAGGUGGAGAGCCGCUGGGGCUACAGCGGGACCAGCGACCGCAUCAGGUUCUCAGUCAACAAGCGCAUCUUCGUGGUGGGCUUUGGGCUCUACGGCUCCAUCCACGGCCCCACAGACUACCAGGUGAACAUCCAGAUCAUCCACACGGACAGCAACACUGUGCUGGGCCAGAACGACACGGGCUUCAGCUGCGACGGCUCGGCCAGCACCUUCCGCGUCAUGUUCAAGGAGCCGGUGGAGGUGUUACCCAACGUGAACUACACAGCCUGCGCCACGCUCAAGGGCCCCGACUCCCACUACGGCACCAAAGGCCUGCGCAAGGUGACACACGAGUCGCCCACGACGGGGGCCAAGACCUGCUUCACCUUCUGCUACGCGGCCGGGAACAACAAUGGGACGUCGGUGGAGGACGGGCAGAUUCCCGAGGUCAUCUUCUAUACCUAGGCCGCCCUGCCGCCCUUGGGUCCCGUGUCCGUGGGACGGCGCGGCCAGGGGGCAGAGCCCAGGGGCCAUGAGACAAUCCCUCAGACACCGUGGCCGGCCAGGGCCGCGCCUCGAUGUGGGGCCAUCCUGGGCCAAGGGAGGCGGCCCUCGGGGUGCCCGUCCCCUGUCCCCGCAGCCCCGGGCCAGCAGCCGCUCACCCAGGCAGGGAGCGGGGACGCAUCUGUCACGCUAUGCCUCGGGGCCCUUUUGGAGCUCAGAGUCCGGCCAAAGGUCCCCAGGGCGCUGACUAAUGGGGUCUUUUGCAGCCGCUCACCCAGGCAGGGAGCGGGGACGCAUCUGUCACGCUAUGCCUCGGGGCCCUUUUGGAGCUCAGAGUCCGGCCAAAGGUCCCCAGGGCGCUGGGGACUCGGGCUUGGCCAGCCAUGCACCCGAGCCACCCCUGGCCUGCGGGGCGUCCCCCUCCAAGACACUGGAGAUGAGUGUGGGACUGGUGGGACUCGGGCUGCAGUGCUGUCCCCACAGGGAGGCCCACCCCUAGGGAGCCCUGGUCCAGUAGUGGGUGGUUUGCUGUUGCUGCGCUGGGCCCCAUGUGGGCCAGCGGAGCUGUCACUGUCCUCUGGACAGCCACCUCGCGCCCAGUCCCUGAGGCUAAGCAGGGCCCAACCCCGUGUGCCUGGAGGGACAAAACUGGGGGUCACCCCGCGAUGGGGGGGCCCCAGCUGGCCUCGUGCGAGUUCCAGAGGCGCUGCCGCCCCCUGUACAUAUUGUCACCCCAGCUCGCCAUCCCUGGCACCUGUGUCCACCCCGUGACGCCCCUGGAACCUGCGUUGUCCUGAAGCCAUGGAAGGUGUGGUGUCACACCACGUCAUUUUUUAAAUAAAAGAAAGAAACGCA